AAACAGCUGUUCGCUAAUUCUUUUUAUACAAAAAAAAAUGUUGAGGUUAACGCAGUUGCGUAUUGUAUACAGCAGAUAUUUUGCAGAAUGAGUAAUUUAUUAAAUAUUACCGUUAAUGGGAUUAGCAAUAUAUUUCGAAACAGCACUUUUCGCUUACUUCAUCGGUUACCAACUGUUGUGCCGUCAGUAAAACAGGCAUCCAGUCCACAGAAAUUAACAUUCUUCAAUAGAUCCAUUAAUGUUCUACUAAGAGCACCGGCGCGUAAUCGUUGUACUCCAGCCUACGAUGUCAACACGAACGUUACAAAGGAUGUAAUACUUUUUAAAUAUGAGAAUCCCAAAUACUACAAUGUACUGAACAUUUUUGCGCUUUGUCAAUUUGUUUUUUGGACAUACCUGUCGCAUUUUGCAUUUACAACGCUCAAAGAUGCACCCGUAGAGGAAAUACCUGGCGAGGAGCUAGCAUGGUAUCUACGUAUUAACCUCGGAGAGAAUAAAUAUAGAAAUGGCAUAACCAUCGUUUGCUUUCUUAUAGGCUAUGGUAUUCUUUGCGCCGCCUGGUUGUUCACAUUGCGUUCCGUGCGUUACCUUAUUCUUCGAAAAGGCGGAAAAGACCUUGCAUUCGUAACUUAUGGUCCUUUUAACAGAAAUCGGAUACUGACGGUGCCGUUGAAAUUUGUUUCAGCUCAAGAGUCUCGCGAAAUGGCACGCUCACAACUACCGAUCAAGGUGAAAAACCGUGCACUUUAUUAUGUACUCGACAUGCGAGGAGAAUUUCGGAAUCCACAACUAUUUGAUUACACAGCGGGUUUGAAGCGUCGUAUUGAUUAGAAUAAAUGUAUUGCUAGUUUUAUGGCUUAGUGAAUAAAAAUGUUUAUUCAAUUUCA